AUGCCCGUUGUAGCUAUUGCAGGAGGCACCGGCAGUCUCGGCCGCUUCAUCGUUGAAGAGACCAUCGCAGAUGGCAAUUUUGAGGUCAUUAUUCUAGGCCGAAAGGCCAACCCAUCACUGGAGAAAGAGCUCGGUGCUCGCAUCCUCUCUAUCGACUACGCCGACCCCAAUUCCAUUGCUACCUUACUUGAAGAAAACCACGUAGAGGUCGUGGUUGCCGCGCUAGGUGGAUAUACACCUCCCGAGCAGGAGAUAUGUCUUAUUCAAGCCGCCGCCAAGUCCAUAGUCACCAAGCGAUGCAUCCCCAAUGUAUGGGCCGUCAGGUAUCGUCCUGAGGAUUCUUGGUUCUUCAAUGCCGCAGCCAAGGUGUCUUCCUUAGAUGCACUGGAGAAGACUGACUUGGAGUGGACCGCGGUUGCGAAUGGCUUCUUUCUUGAUUAUUGGGGCUCCCCAAAUCUCAAGACCUACCUCGAUCCUCUGACUGUAGUUCUGGACAUUCCUGCGAGAAAGGCUGCGAUUCCAGGAAACCCGGACCAGCAUUUGGUCUUUACGUAUACUAAAGACGUUGCCAAGUUCACUGCUAAGCUCUUGACGCUGGACAAGUGGGAUCCAGUAUCUUAUAUCAUCGGCGAUAGGCUUACGUGGAAAGAGUUUACGCAACUUGCCGAAGAGGUUACUGGCGACAAGUUUGACAUUACCUACGAUUCACUCGAGCUGCUCAAGUCAGGAAAGGUCACGGAGCUUCCAGGUCACAAACUCGCCUACCCUUUCUUCCCUAAAGAAGCACUGCAAACCAUGCUAUCCGAGCUCGGUGUUUUUGCGGACCAGGGAGGAUUAGAUUUCCAGCCGGAGAAGACUCUCAACAGCCUUUUCCCAGAGAUCAAGGUAGCGACUGCCCGCGACGUUUUGGAGAUCGCAUGCAAGAAAUAG